AUGACCCAGGGGAAGCUUUCUGUGAACAACAAACCCCCCAACUCUGAGGGGCAAGGGGAGAAGAAGGACAAUGCCACGGCUCCACCAGCUCCUCCGACCUAUGAGGAGGCGACAGCGGGAGAAGGGAUGAAGUCUGGUGCUUACCCUCCUCCCCCAUCGGUCCCGCUCCACCCCAGCUGGGCUUAUGUCGACCCCAGCACGAGCCCAAGCUAUGGCAGUGGCGGGUAUCCAGGGGACACAGAGAUGCUCACAACCUUCAGCUGGGACGACAGGAACGUGCGCAGAGUGUUCAUCAGGAAGGUUUAUGCCAUCCUGAUGGUCCAGCUCUUGGUCACUGUUGUUAUUGUGGCUUUCUUCACCUUCUGCGAGCCAGUCAAGGGGUACAUUCAGACACACGCUGCCUGGUAUUGGGCUUCCUAUGCUGUUUUCUUUGUGACCUACUUGAUUCUUGCUUGCUGCUCUGGACCCAGGAGGUAUUUCCCAUGGAAUCUGAUCCUGCUGAGCAUCUUUACCCUCUCCAUGGCUUAUCUCACUGGGAUGCUCUCCAGUUACUACAAUACCAAGUCGGUCCUUCUGUGUCUGGGGAUCACAGCCCUGGUGUGUCUGUCUGUCACGAUCUUCAGCUUCCAGACCAAGUUUGACUUCACCUCCUACCAGGGCGUCCUCUUUGUGAUGCUCAUGGUCCUCUUCUUUGGUGGCAUCAUCCUGGCUGUGAUACUGCCCUACCAAUAUGUUCCCUGGCUCCACGCAAUCUACGCUAUGCUUGGUGCCAUAAUCUUUACUAUGUUCCUGGCAUUUGAUACCCAGAUGCUGAUGGGGAAUCGUCGGUACUCGCUGAACCCAGAGGAAUACAUCUUUGGAGCCCUCAAUAUCUAUCUGGACAUCAUCUACAUCUUCUCUUUCUUCCUCCAGUUCUUUGGCUCCAGCCAGGAGUGAGUGCAGUAAGGCAGUAUCUUCUUUUUGCUGGCAAGAUGCGAGUGUUUAAAAAAAAAAAAAAAGUUAAAAGAAGAGGAAAAGAGGGUUAAAAAAAAACCCAAACAAAACCAAACCCACCCUUUCUGGCCCACUAGCAGGCUCCAUUCAAUCAGCUGAGCAAUGCCCCUGGGUUCCUUAUGCAGCUUGUAUAUAUGCUGUUAGGCCUUUGUGACCCAGAAAGCAAAGUAGGGCUUAAGUGUUAUGUCUCUUCUGCUCCCUCCACUCCUACUGAGAUCAAACCAGACCAGAGACUGGGAGGCAUGAGACCAAGAUCUUCUUUUCCCCAGAGGCUGUCAGAGUUGCCUGAGACCUGCACAUCACGGGAUGCUGAAGUGCUGAGAACAGCUCUGCAAAGGGAGAAUAACAUUAAGGGGAGGAGAGUAGGGAAUUUUGCUAGGAUGCUGGCAGAAAAACCAGCUGAACAAAGG